AUGGCAAAUCCGCUGGCAUCUUGCGUCUCGUCCCUGCGCUCGACAAAUGCCCUUCUAUCCUCCAGCAUAUCAAUCCUCGACUCCGGGGUCAAUGACUUCCCACGCCUAGCGAAGGUGCUGCAGACAACGCGCCACUUCGAACUCCUCCCCGAACCCACCCUCCAAUCCGCCCAAUCCUCCCUCCUCGCCUCCCUAACCCCCGAAGUCGCCUCGCUUCUUUCCAGAGUCGAAUCCCAUCUGGAUAAGCUUGCCCGCCGCGAACAAGCUCUAAUAGCACGCUGCGAAUUACUGGAGGGUCGAAUAGGCGAAGGACGCGCAUCUAUGGGAGGCGCGAGGGGGAGUGGUGCGGGAGAGAGAAGCAGUGUGGGUAUCAACGGGGACGGGAGUAGAGAGGCGUUGAGAUUGAAACAGUUGAGGGGGAAGAAGGAGAGGUUGGGGUAUGCGGUUGAGAGAUUGGUUUUGCAGGCUCAGCAGCGGGAAAGGCAGCUGAGGAUGAGUGUUGCUGCUCAAUGA